AUGCAUCGCUGCCCCUCGCUGCUUCAACAAAACCAAUUGCGAGAUGUGUGGAACCAUGCCUCUUUCCUUGUCCAUAUUACUUACGAUCUGGACUGGGCUAUAGGUCAGUUUGAGAUGCUAGAAAGAGAGGCACCGAACUGCUUGACCAAGGCUAUUCUGCUGCUCAACAUUGGCAUAACUCAUUCCCUCCAGGGAGAGUACCGACAUGCUGAGAAAGCUUUCCAAAAGGUCCUUCCUUUGCAUCCUCUCAUGGCUCCACUUGCCCACUUCUUCCUUGGUGUCGUGAGAUUCGAACUUGCCGACUAUGAGCAGGCACAGAUCAGCUUCAAGCUGUGUGCUUAUAUACUCAGACAGACUGAUCACGACCGCGCAUAUCAUCUCCUCGGGCUGGACUUUACUCUAUCGCAUCAUCUGGUCGAGGAGAACGAAGAGAUUGCCGCAUACGAAUGGACGCUCAAACAGAAGGGGAGGUAUGGACUCAGGCUGCUGAACAGGAUGCCCGCGCCAUUGGUCUUUAACAGUACUGUUCUGAACAAUGAGUUCGAAAUCUGUUGUGACAGAAUCACGAGAUCUCACAGCCCUCGCUCAGCAAUUUCAGGUAGCAUUUUCAGCGUACACUCAGAAAAUGUUCCGACCACGACUGAAACUGCUGCCAACAAAUCAACCCCAAAACCAGUUCGAGACCCCAGAAUGGACGUGACUCCUGUGGUUCCCUGGCGACCUUUCAANAAACCAAUGAUACCGCGUACAGCACAGGCUGAGACAUCGAACUUGCGUUCUUUGACGCACUUCUUGAAGCACACUGGUCCCGAGGAAUCGCAAAGAAGUCGAUCAGAAAGGGCAACAAAUGCCUCGAUGGAUAGUAAGCAGACGAACACUUCUUCUGACGAUGGUCAAGCUAGCAUAUCCACCAAACGCACCGGUCUAGUGCCACAGGCUCUGCUUCAAGCAGUCGAGCAGGCAGAAUUGAGCAGUCUUCUUCGAAAAGCCUCAACAUUUACAUCCAAGAAGUAG